GGAAACAACUAUGGCCUGACAAUAUUUGUCGAAUGGCUUACAGUCCAUUUUUCUCCGAGGGUUUUUCCUUUUUUUUUGUUAGUUCUAAAUUGUUCUAAAUUGAACAAUUAUGUCCAAUCAACAAAUAGCCGGUUCCAAGGAGAAGAUCAAUUCUCAAUCCAAGGAAGAGCUGAAGACUGAGGAGCAUCAAGUGCCUAAACUGAAAGACACCCCUCUAACAGAAGCAGCCCCUAAGACUGAAGGUCCUAAAGCAAUGUGGUGGAAGAAGAAGCCUCCAUCGCCAAAAUUGCCUUGCGAGAUCCUCACGCCAAAUGACAGCAGAGAUCCCAGUUAUACAGAUUUGACUUUACCGUACAGGGUAAUAUGUCGACAGCGCUACCAGAGAUGUGCAAAAAAAUAUCGCAAGCAAUUCAUAACCGAAAUCAAACGUCAAGAAGCAAUGCAAUUCAGAGCUCUAGAUGGUAUCAGAAUAAGGAGGGAAUUUUGUGAUCCCUUGAUAGAACCACUGCCUCCUAAGGACAGAAUUAAGCUGACGCCUAAACAACAAUACAGACUGGAUGAAUUGCUAAAAACGAAUAUUAAAUGAAAUUCAAAUAUAUUAUGAAGCAUAAAUAGAAGUAUGGAACUCACAAA